GUUAGGUCAGAUCGCCAUUUUGGAGGAAAAACGAAAAUAGAAAACAAAAUUUUGUUUUGAAAACAUCAAAUAUUUCUUCCAUUUCUGAAUUGGUUGGACUAAAAGCAUCGACUUGAUAUAAGCUGUGUGUCUAAGAACAGAUAAAGAUGAAAUUCUGUUUGAAAUAUGGGCUAGUGAUAGCCUUAUGCAUAGUGCUUGUAAAGACUCAAACUGAAAAUAAUACGACACAAUCUGAAUCGACUUCGAAUACCCCAACAACAAGUAAGCCGUCAACAACGCAGACUCCUAAAGUUUCAACAGGAAAACCUGGACCACCAACAACAGUAAACCCUGAGACAGAGUGUGAGCGUGCUAACAGUACUUGUGAGACAUGCGUAGCUGUAGCAAAGUGUCUAUGGUGUAAUACAGGAAAGCAGAAGUGCAAGCCAUAUCCAGUAGGAGAUAUCAUCCCUAGGGCCUCUGCCUGUCCCCUUGAUGAUGCUAGGUGGGGAGUAUGCUGGGUUAACUUCAAAGUGCUAUUGAUAGUCAUGGGUGUGAUCGGAGGCGUUAUCCUGCUUUCUCUGGGCUGCUGUAUAUACUGUUGCUGCUGCAGGUCAAAGGGCAACCGGACAAAGUACCUUAAGGAAGAGGCAAAGAUGGAGCGUGAUCGUGAAGACAGGAAGUUGAGGUCAGACGAGAGAAGGGCAGAUAGACAGAAGAAACAUGAUGAGAUUAGAAAGAAAUAUGGUAUUGAAGUAAAAGGAGGCUUGGUGAAGGAUGACAACCCAUACCAGAGAUUUGAUGCCUAAUAACCCAGCGAAAUAUGCUGACAUUUAUUUAUAAUUUGGAUCAACAACAAAACAAAAAACAAUAGAAUUAUUAGAAUGAGUGAAAAUCUGCGAUUUGAGUUGAAAAAGAUUUCUACCACCAAAAAGUACACAAUUGUUUGUGCAAAUAUGCUAUUGCCUACAAAAAGGACCAUUCUCGGUUUAGAGAAUGAACUUCAUCGGCUAAUUUUGAUUUUUUUAUAUCGUGUAGAUUGAAAUGUGAUCUUUUGAAUAUUUAUGAUUUAAUUAAGGUUGAAUUCUUUCAAAAUACAAAUAUUAGCAAUAGCAAUAUCUACACCAUGUAAAAAAAUCUCCAAACCGAGAAUGAUCCUUUUCAACAAUUGCCUUAAAUGCCAAAGUUAAUGCCACUUAAGAUACAUGCUUGGACAACAUGUUUUGAAUUCAUCAAUUGCCUAACACCAUUUAGGCCUGGUCAGUAUUUAUUGAAAAGCAAGAAACAAGAAAAAGUGCAGUCCUAAAAAUGAUAGUCCACAUAAAAAUUCAAAAUAUUAGAGAGAAGUUCAUUUAUGCAAGAAUGUACAUGUAGCUGUAGAUUAAUGCUUAUUUAACUGCAAUAAGUGCAUUCUCCCAAGUAGGUUUAAUACUUCAGUACUUGUAUUGAAUUUGGUUAAGAGUGGAAAUUAUUUCCUCGGUUUUUUAGAAAAGAAUUCUCUUGGCUACAUGCUUGUACAAUAUUCGUACAUGUAUAUUUGUGUUUAGCUAAUAUGCAGUAGAAGCAAAAUGUUAAGAUAUUUUCUAUAGUCAACUAAAUAUUAGAUAUGCUGUAUGAAAUGUAUAAUUUGAAAUUCAUAUUUAUUUUUGGCUAUUGAAUGGCACUUUGUGCAUUCUUAUUAUUAUUACAUAAGGAGUAGCAU